AGGUCGAGCAUCUCCAGGAUAGCAAAAAAAAAUAAUAAUUACCCAGCUUGCUUUAUCUGUCGUCAUCCGCACCCGUAAGUAAACACACACAAAAAGAACCCCCACACCCUAUGAAAGUAGGAGAAUUGUGAUCAUUCAUCAUGCCCAAGUCCGACCCCUCCGAUGAGAACUCCGUGCUCAUCAAGAAGCUGAAGCACGCGUGUGCAACGUACGACACCGCCUCCAAGAAGUACCUCGCCGCCGUCAAGGAGCUCGACACGGCAAUGGAGAGCAUCGCGAUCGCUAUCCGUGAGCUGGCGCAGGGCGAGGAAAGCCCCGAUUUGCGCGAGAAGGCAGAUCGACUCUGCUCCUCGGUGGACCGACACAUGGCGGGGCAGGGCGGCGAUCACCGCGGAGGCAGCAAGUCGCAACGCGCCUCCGCCAACCUAAGCGUCUCCGGUGCGGACACCUACACGUUUGUGACCUACAUGAACGAUUUCACACGAGAGAUUAGUGCGGCGAUUGACGAGUUGAAAGAAUCGGUGAAGAAGGCGGAGAAGUCGCGGUCGACGUACGAGGAGGUGACGUCCAAGUACAACAAGCGGCGCACGGCGGUGAGCGAGAUGGAAACGAAGCUGGCCAAGAAGAAUCAAGGCAUCUCUGACAAUCCGAAGUUCAAUAAGAAGGUCGCAGAGCGCGAUGAGGCGAAGAUCACGCUGGACGCCGAGACGCAGAGGUACAACCACGUCUACAGUGAUCUGCUGCAGCAGCGCAGUAAGACGCUGCAACGCGUCAUUGCAGGCCUCGACAAGUACUCCACAAAGUACUACAAUUCUCUCUCGAAGACUAUCAGCUCUUAA